AUUCUCUGUUGUCAGUGGUGUAUGCACACAGCUGAGUUCGUGUUCAGAAACCGAAUAGAGGGAGUUCUUGAGGCGUGUGUGUGAUCCUUUAUUGGAGGCGUACUUGUUGUUUGAAAGAAGAGCGGAGUCGCGAAACUCGCUUGGUAGAAUACUGCGCUUCAGGAUCAACCCCAGAAAAUUUGUGUCCGUUCGUCAUGGUGGUUGCCAAUCAAACGAUGGGUUCCAGCUCCGCUCGUAGAGACGUCAAUGCCAUCGGGAUUCUCGAUGACGACGUCGCUGAAACGAUUUUCCUCGAAGUAUCCGUCAUCAACCCGAUCACCCGCAAGUUGGAUGAUGGCGAACUGGUCACCACGUACGCCAUCUACAUUGAGACCAAUGACUCGGCGUUUACGAUGUCCAAAUCCAUGGUGCGCCGCCGAUACUCGGAUUUCGUGACGCUCAGAUCGAUCCUUCUCGAGCAACAUCCCUCGACAACUGUGCCCAAGCUGCCCGGUAGGACUUUCUUCGGAAAACGCUUCGACCAGCGCUUCAUCCAGGAAAGAUGUCACUCUUUACAAAUAUUUCUGAAAGAAAUCAUCGAACAACCCGUUUUCCUCUCGAACAAGAGUCUGCAUCUCUUCCUCCAAAGUUCCUUGCCCAUGGACAAGGUUCAGAACGUGGCUAACGGGGCGGAGUCGUUCGAGCUCCCCCAUAACAACGCCCCUCUGAUCCUGCGCCCUGUAGAUGCGAAAAAACCCACCGGACGAGUCGGUAUUCUGAAGCAAGAGAGUUGCGCUUCGCUAUCGUUAGCUUCCAAUGUCGAGCACGAGUGCUGCAUCAAGACGAAACACCAACACAUAAGAGUCGGAUCGGGCAUCGUCGUAUGUCCCUUCGUUCCGGGAGCCCACCAAGCCAUGGCCAGCAGCGCACCUUUCAACAUUCCUGGCCAGCAACAUUCUCCUGUGAACAUCAGGAGUUGUGCUAGUGAUACAUGUCUCGAUGGAGCCGUGAGUGGCGGUAACGGAGCCAGCUCGCUGAACGGUAGCAAGAAGAGAGUAUCUUUUUUCAUUGAGAAGGAGAACAAGCGGAGCCUCAUGAGUAAAGUCGCGGAGGUUCACUCCUCUCAGGACGUUACAGCUUAAUGAAAUUCUCAAGACAAAGAAACGAGCUCAGCUCGAUUUUGAAGUAUGCGAUGUUAUGAGUGUGAGAGAUGAUUGAAUGGACCACGGCCGUUUCUUGUAUAAUGUGUUUAUACUACGGUUGAGUAUCGCUAUGUUCUGUAUAAAUGAGGCGCUCAGCAUCUCCUGCAUCUCGCGUGUGUCUAACCGUCCAACUGGGUGUGUGCAUGCCUCGGUAUGUGAGUUAGGCAUUUAUCCUUGUUGAACGAAAUAAAGUAAACUUUUGUGGAAAUAGGUGCUUUGCUUGGUUCUCCCCUGAUGAGUCCUUUGAGUUUUGUGACUGUGUCGUUUGUAAGUCUUUCGUCCACAUCGUGCUGUCGCCACGGUCUGCUACGAGCAGAAAAGUUGUCGUUGUUUGAAGAUCGCGUAUCGCAUACGCUGUUGCAUAAUUAUAGCUUAUAUUGAUAAUUAAAUAGAAGUAAGGAAUGACCAA